AUGAACUAUGUGGGGCAGCUUGCUGAGACAGUCUUCGUCACGAUGAAGGAGCUGUACCGGGGUCUGAACCCCGCCACCCUGACGGGCUGCAUUGAUGUGGUGGUGGUGAGGCAGCCCGAUAACUCCUUCCAGUGCUCCCCAUUUCACGUCCGCUUUGGGAAGCUGGGUGUGCUGCGCUCCAAGGAGAAGGUGGUUGACAUUGAAAUCAAUGGGGAGCCUGUGGACCUGCACAUGAAGCUGGGUGACAAUGGAGAGGCCUUCUUUGUCCAGGAGUCGGAGGAGAAUGAGGGCAGCAUCCCCUCCCGCCUCUGCACAUCCCCCAUCCCCACGGAGCAGAGCCCGGAGGAUGCUGCUCAGCCCUUUCAUGGGCAGGAGGCCUCCAGCACUGAAGUGACCUCGCACAAGAGGAGGAGGCGCAGGAGAAAGCCCAAGCAGAAGGAGAUUUCAGAGUCCGAGUUAGAAGGCUGUGAGGAGACCAGGAGCGAGAUGUCCAUGGAGGAGCCAUGCAAGCUGCCAGCCCCAAGUGAUUCACUGUAUUUCUCCUUCGUUGAUCUCCCUGAAGAAGAAACUGGGUCAUUGCAGUCCCCAGAGAUGCACCCAUACUCUGACGGGGAGCUGGCCUCCGCGGACAGCCCCACCCUGAGCCAUCCAUCUUCUCCCAAAAGUGACUCUGAACUGGAGAUCAGACCCCAGGAGAGUUUUGCUCUAGGGGCUGAAUCCCGCAUGCAGUGGACCUGGGGAAGGCUCCCUCGGGUGAAUAAAUCGGAACGAGUUGAACCGGCCAAGUCCCCAAAGACCAUUGCUACUGCAGCAACCACUGUCUCUGCGACACUGGUCCCAGUGGAUGAAGCAACCCAUCUUGUCGACACCUCUGAAGGAUCCACCAAAAGAAGUCCUCACUUGGGUCCCAGUGACGUCUACCUGGAAGACCUCUCCAACCUGGAUGAGGAGCAGGUGGCUCUCUAUUUCCCCAGGAGUGACACAGAGCAGAGUUCAAAGACUGUGUCAGACCCCAGCAACCCUCUGUGUGUCCAGCUGCCAUCCGACUUGCCCUCCGACAGCCCUGCGGACUCCGACUCAGAUUUGAUGCCGGCAAUUGCCCUGUCACUGUGCGGAGGCUUGUGGGGCAGCAGGCAGAUCUCUCGUGAGAAGUUCAUGGAGCACAUGGUCUCCUACCAGCAGUUUGCUGAGAAUCCGGGAAUCGUUGAUGACCCAAACCUGGUGAUAUUGAUCAACAAGAAGUAUUACAGCUGGGCAGUGGCUGCUCCCAUGGUCCUGUCCCUGCAGGCUUUCCAGAGGAACAUUCCCGAGAGCACCAUUGACCAACUGGUGAAGGAGAAGAUGCCCAAGAAAGGCAGCAGGUGGUGGUUCUCCUGGAGGAGGAGAGAAUUCCCAGCAGAGGAGGUAUGUUUGCAGCAAUGGCAGUGCCGACCGCAGGAGGAAGAGGGGUCGUCCAGUGAUGAUGAGCCCCUGCACCCUGGGGACAGGUUAGCAAUGGAUGCCCCUGCACAGAAAUCUCUGCCAACCUACAAGAAAUCUCUUCGGCUCUCCUCUGAACAAAUCGGAAAGCUGAAUCUGCAGGAUGGCCCCAACGAGGUGGCAUUCAGUGUGACGACUCAGUACCAGGGCACGUGCCGCUGUGAGGCCACCAUCUACCUGUGGAACUGGGACGAUAAGGUGGUGAUCUCAGACAUCGAUGGCACCAUCACCAAGUCGGAUGCUCUUGGGCACAUCUUGCCACAUCUGGGAAAAGACUGGACUCAUCAUGGGAUUGCUAAGCUCUUCCACAAAAUCCACCUGAAUGGCUACAAGUUCCUCUACUGCUCAGCCAGAGCGAUCGGCGUGGCACACAUCACCAAAGGCUACCUCAAAUGGGUCAACGAGCAAGGCUGUGCCCUCCCCAAGGGUCCCAUCCUGCUCGCCCCCAGCAGCCUCUUCUCUGCCUUCCACAGGGAGGUGAUUGAGAAGAAGCCAGAGGUGUUCAAGAUCGCCUGCUUGAUGGACAUCCAAAACCUGUUUGCCACAAAACUGCCCUUCUAUGCAGCCUUUGGGAACAGAGCUAACGACGUCUACGCCUACAAGCAAGUGGGCCUGCCGGAGAGCCGCAUAUUCACGGUCAACCCCAAGGGAGAACUGAUCCAGGAGCUCAUGAAGAACCACAAGUCAACGUACGAGCGGCUGUCGGAGCUGGUGGAGCUCAUCUUCCCUCCCCUGGGACAGAGUGGGAGCAUCGCUCUGGUGUGCCCAGAGUUCAGCCACUUUACCUACUGGAGACCUCCACUGCCUGCUGUUGACCUGGAUGCCUUCUCCUGA